GUGCUCAAAAUGGCCGCCAUUUUGUUGGAUACAGAGCCUGCAGCGUAAUGUUAAAUUGUCGUGAAUUUUCUGAAUAACUUCACCCCUAUCUUUAAUUUCGGUAUUUGGUCUCGCACGAACUCAUCGGAUUCGCCGAGUGUGCAUAUCCGCUAACUCAAUGCCACGCAAAUUGCAAAGAGGGACAUGAUAACAAAAUAACUAAUAGCUUUGACGGUUGCUAGGAUAUUUUUGACAUACGAAUCAAAACUUUGUUAUAACGUCAUCUUCCUGAUUAAUUUAAAUAAGGUAGUUGUUCUGCCGUUGCUUUAUUUUGAAUGUUAUGGGGCGAUUUACGUGGAAUGAAUUGGCAGAUAUGCAUUUAACCCUUGGUGAAUCCAGAGGAAAUGCUGUAUUGGCUCGCGCGAUUUAUGCUAAUCGUUUUCCCAAUCGAAUGGUCCCAGAGAGAAGAUUUUUUCUUAAGGUCGACAGGAGUCUACGUGAGGGAGGACAAUUACAAGUGAACCCAGGUAUAAGAGUUCAUGCAAGACCUAUUCGUGAUAAUGUUGAGGAGGAAAUACUUCACAAUAUUGAAGAGGAUCCAAAUACAAGUACCCGAAAAAUUGCUGAUCACCUGAGGAUAAGCCAAACGUUGGUUUGGAAAGUUUUGCAUGAUAACCACCUUUAUCCAUUUAAAAAACAAAAGGUUCAGCAUCUGUUGCCCCAAGACUAUGCUAAUAGAUUCGCGUUUGCCACUUGGUAUCUUCAAUAAGGGGCUGAACACCCAGACAUUCGCCAAGCUAUUUUGUUUAGUGACGAAUCAACGUUUUGCCGAGAGGAAAAUUUCAACCCAAGAAACCCUUGAUGAAAACCUCAUGCUAAAUUUAUCCGUGGCUACCAACAAAAAUUCUCUGUGAAUGUUUGGGCAGGGAAUUAUUUGAUUUUUCUUCGAGAUGUACUGCCUGAACUUUUAGAAGAUGUGCCAUUGGAUGUUCGGCAAAUAAUGUAGCUUCAACCUGAUGGCUGUCCGGCACACUAUGGUCGCGUUGUCAGGGAAUAUUGGAACCAAAGAUAUCCUAGACGUUGGAUUGGGAGGGGAGGCCCAGUGGCUUGGCCAGCGCGCUCCCCCGAUUUAAAUCCCUGUGAUUUUUAUUUGUGGGGUCAUUUGGACCAACUUAUUUAUUCUACACCUGUGCCAGAUGAACAUAAUCUUUUGGCUCGCAUUGCAGUAGCUGCAGGCGAAAUUAAAGAUAGGGGUGAAGUUAUUCAGAAAAUUCACGACAAUUUAACAUUACGCUGCAGGCUCUGUAUCCAACAAAAUGGCGGCCACUUGG